AUGGAUAGAUUACCGAACGAGUUGCUCCUUUUACUUAGGCAAUACUUCGACGACGAUAUUUUAACGAAACUAGUCUUGAGCAACUGCUCUCACCGACUGCAGUCCUUGUUUGACCCUCCUCGAGUGUACUCAUCCCUCCACCUGUCCUGCAUAGGAGCCCGUGAGCUGCAGCUCAUACAGCACCUGUUGCGUCGUCCAGACCUCGCUCGUCUCGUCCACCAUGCAUAUUUCGGCAUCGAGCGGAGUUAUCCUCCGGACUCUGGGUAUAGGAGUGGGGCUUGUUAUCCGCGAUGCAAUUCGAUAAUUAAACAUAUGGUGGAGGAGAUAUGUGAAUUCGAAAACGAGAAAUGUUGGUGGGCUGCGCACCUACGAGAUUUCUCCGAUGAUGCCUGGCUUGGUGCACUGCUUACUCGGUUAAAUAACCUGAGGAGUAUCACACUUGCCUAUGGGGAUCAAGGGUUUAUGAAUAGUAUCUUUGACAAAGCGGCCUCGCGACAAGGACCGUUUCGUACGACCACUCCGUUCCCAUUACUACAAAAGGUCACUCUCACGAAUAAUUGCAGCUGGUUCCAAUGUACUUCGGGCUAUCCAAGGGGCUUGUUUCAUCUACCAGCUGUUCGUACGAUCGAGGGCGUCAGAGUGUGGGGGUCUGUUCCAUGCUGCGACAGCUGGGACUUUUGUGGCGUGAAAGGCCGCACGUCCCCGGUCACUGAGCUUGUGAUGUCGCCGGUUUACGGGUGCCAAGACAUGGGCGAUUGGAUCGCAGCAUGCAGCAAGCUCGAGCGUUUGCAAGUUGAUAUCGGGAUAAUGCAGUACCUCAACUAUAUCUUCGAUCCUAUCGCAUUCCGCAAAUGUCUUGUCCCAUGCAUCAAAACCCUCAAAGAUCUUUCUCUCACGUUCCACAUUUCAUACCAGGAAGACCGUGCCUUGCAGAGGGGUGGGGAGAUUUACCUUCAUCUCCUACGUGAUGAUCUUCUGUGUCAGCGCAUGUGGGUGUCCUGA